AUGACGACGAAUAUGGAGUCCAUACUGGAAGACCUCAACAGCACGCAGAAGGACUACGCUAAACUUUCCCGGCAGCUGAACAGAAUGAGCGGGACGGUGGCCAAUCUGACCAAAUAUGUGGAUACAAUGGAGCAGAGGUUGGGCGAUCGGCCCCAGGACAUAACGGCCAAUGACAUCAUGGAUCCAGAAGCCAAUGGGGAGCCGAAGCAGAUGCCCACACAAUGCCAGGAUGUGUUUGAAAAUGGAGGGAUGAGGUUCAUGGGGGACUACUACAUCAUGAUCAAACCCGCGGGUGUUCCUCAUGCAUUCAAAGCCCUGUGUAAGAUGGUCAACAGCUCCGGUUGGACUGUCAUUCAGAAACGCCAGGAUGGCUCAGUGGAUUUCUACAGAACAUGGGAGGACUACAAGCGGGGGUUUGGAUCUCUGGAGGGAGAAUUUUGGCUAGGAAAUGAUAAUAUUCAUUACCUGACAUCACAAGAAGACACAAUGUUACGAAUCGACAUGGAGGACUGGAGCGGGAAAAGAUUCUACGCGGUUUACAACCACUUCCGGGUUGACGGACCCAAACACAACUACAGACUACAUGUGUCUGGUUACCAAGGCAACGCUGGGGAUUCACUGACAUCUUUAUGGGAAAAUCAUGACGGAAUGCCGUUUAGUACCAAAGAUAAAGACAAUGAUGGAAGGUUCUAUGAUUCAUGUGCCCAACACUAUCAAGGAGCAUGGUGGUUCAACAACUGCUUCGAAGCUCACCUCAAUGGCAAAUACUAUCAUAAAGGCUUCCACAAGAACUAUUUCCAGCGUGAUGGCAUACAGUGGAAUACCAUACACAUGUACUCAUCACUCAAGGCUGUUCUGAUGAUGGUCAAGCCAGCAGAUCAUCCCAGAAAUCCAACUUCAAAUGAAGUCAUUAGUGACGCAUAA